AUGAUCAGCAAACAAGUACCACCUUCACCAAAGCAACGCAAAAGCAUUCUUGAUGCAUUUGAUAUACGAUUAUUGGGAAGAUCCAAGUCUCGUCAACAUCAGCAUGAAUCGAUAAAGAAGCCUUCAUCAUCCACGACCCUUCAUAAAUCCGACGAUUCGGAUUCUGGUGUACAAGAUCAUGAAUUGCGUAUCCCAUUUGUCAAUCAUUCACCACCACCCGCCUCUGCCGAUGACAACUCUGACGUAUCGAAAUUGAGUGCUGUCAAUCUUGUAUCGAAUAUAUCCACUGCUCAGAAUUGGUUGGAUCUUCAGGAAUCAGAUGAUGGUGGUAGCACGGAUGUAUCAAAGACAAGUUCUCGACGUACAAAGGCAAAAUCCAUGGUGAUGGAUGAGGAUCGAGGAACAACAACCAGCAAUGUCAAAAGGAAUCGAUCAUGGUCAAAGAUUGGUACUCGUCGAUCACGUUCACGCUCCUUGAGAUCGCCACCUCCACCACCUGAUGACACUCAAGAUACGCCACCUAGUUUACCCAAUGUCGAUAUUGAGCAGAUCAGGAAUGAGCUUAUUGAUGCUUCACAUGGAUCAACCAAGAAACGACGAGAACGUCGUAAAUCAACACAUGCAGCUGAUCAACACUUAACUGACAACAUCAUCACCAACGUAAGGCAUAAGUUGGGACUGGUACCAGCAGAUGGGAAAGGUCCACAGCGUGAGUCGCACAAGAGAACAUUGUCAAGUGGAUCAAUUGGUGGAAUUACUCGUACAACAUCGACCACAACGAGACAACGACGUCGUUCUACAACAGGCAUUUCUUCAUCAUCACGCCCUAUGCCUCUUCAAAAGAACCGAUCUCAACAUGAUCUUGCAGCCAAUACACAUCUCACUCCACCCAUGCCACCACUACCGACACGCUCAUCCUCUAACAGCACAAGCAAUAGUAAGGUUGUCGGCAAAUCCAACAAAAAGCCUGGUGAUGCUAAAUCCGCUACGCACAACAAUAGUGGGAUAAGCACAUCCAGUGAAGAUGGUGGUGAAAACAAGGACAUUGAUACCAGUAGCCAGCAUUCGUUACAGGGGAAACGUGGAGAGUCAUCCUUGAUGAAAGGUGCCAUGUCUCUAUGGAAACGCAUGAGCUUUUCGGAUCAAAAACAAAAGGAUACAACCAUGACGUCUUUGGAACAUUCUCAAGCUAACAUUGUCGGCAAACAACAACCCGCCAAUUCAACAAAAAAGAAUCGUCGUCGUGGAAAGACGCUACCUGGAAGCCUUGCAGCACCACCGCCACCACCCGUUCUUGCACCACCUUUGCCGCCUAUGAAGAUGGAACCUUUGAGCAUGGAUAUUCCCAAGCCAAUUACAACACCACAUGAGCAAUCAUCCAAGCCAUCAAAGCAUGCUGAUACGGCCACAUCAAAGCCUGCUGGUGUAAAGAAAUCUUUUUCAGCUGCGCCAACACCUUUUACGACAUUAUGCAAUGAUGAUUGGAUUGAGACACCAGCGCAUCAACUUUGUGGAGGCGAUUCAACCACCCAUGCUCUACCAGUUUUACCAUCAUCGUCUACUGAAAGUAGUAGCCUUGCAUCAUCCAAAAAGACGGCGGCAACAACACCAACCACGACCAGUGAUAAUGUGGCUACACAAGGUCGCAAACCUUUGGAGCCAUGGAAGAGCAAAUCAUUGCCAGAGAUGAAUAAGCACGGCAAAGGACAAGAGAUCCCUGAGCAAGAACCAUUAUCACCUCAACUACGACCACAGGCCAUGUUCAAUGACAGCUUGGAAUCGAUUACACAAAUCCCACCAUUGCAUCCAGAAGCAACAUCCACUGAUGUCUCCAUGAAAAGCGUGGGUCCUUCUAUACCCGAUGGUCUACAAGAAAAAUUGGAAAGCUUGAUAGCGCAGAAUCAUGUACACGACAAGGCUCGAGAAGGCAUUGAUGGGAUGGACAACUUGCAGCAAUCUAAACCGCCAAGACGACGACGUUUGAGCGAAGCGGAUAUCAAUCAAGUCAGCCAAUCAUCACCUCGAAAGGAACGCACCCCAAAGACCUGUCAUGUUGUAUUGCGCUAUUAUUCUCAGUAUCUCUCAGAGUACGAACGGCAUGAGCUUCUUGAUUAUGACCAUAUCUACUUUUUCGGACCACAUGCUCGAAAGGUCAAGGGCCGACCCAAUGAUCCUGUGUUGAACUAUGGAUACGAUGAUGAGCGAGGUGAUUAUCGUCUUGUGGUUCAUGAUCAGCUCGCCUACCGCUACGAGGUGCUUGAACGUCUUGGUCAAGGAUCAUUUGGUCAAGUUGUACGCUGUAUCGAUCACAAGACGGGUCAUUCAGUAGCUGUCAAGUUAAUACGCAACAAGCGACGUUUCCAAACUCAGGCAUUGACCGAGGUGCGCAUUCUUAAAAAAUUGGUUGAUUGGGAUCCCGAUGAUCGAUGCCACAAUAUACGGGUGCUGGAUCAUUUCUAUUUUCGAAACCACAUGUGCGUCGUCUUUGAAUGUCUCAGCAUGAACCUAUAUGAGUUUAUCAAGAUCAAUAACUUUUCAGGAUUCAAGCCAAGCUUGAUUAGGAGGUUUACAAUCCAGCUUAUCAGCUCGCUGUGCUUGUUGUACGACCAUCGAUUAGCUCAUUGUGAUUUGAAACCAGAGAACAUCUUGCUGAAGCAUCCCAAUAAGACGUCCAUCAAGGUUAUCGAUUUUGGCAGCAGCUGUUUCGAGGAUGAACGAGUAUACACAUACAUCCAAAGUCGUUUCUAUCGAGCACCUGAAGUGAUUCUUGGAAUGGCAUAUGGGACACCAAUUGAUAUGUGGAGUGUGGGUUGUAUACUUGCCGAGUUGUAUACGGGCAUGCCUAUUUUCCCGGGUGAAAGUGAACAAGACCAGUUAGUGUGCAUCAUGGAAGUACUUGGCGUGCCACCCGCAUAUAUGGUUGAACAAAGCACCCGCCGGAACUUGUUUUUUGAUUUGGAUGGCAGACCAAGACCAUCAUUCAGUCAUCGUGGUCGUAAGCGACGUCCUGGAUGCAAACCAUUGAUACAUGCAUUGGGUGGUUGUCAUGACUUUUUAUUUGUUGACUUUAUUGGUCGUUGUCUCCAAUGGGAUCCUGCACACAGGCUACGACCGUAUGACGCAUUGCAUCACGAGUGGAUCGCACAGCACAUCAAACGUACAGAAGGCAAUACACAAUCAUCGGCAACAGCACCUCCCCAACAUACACCUUUGACAUUGCCUCAGCAUUAA